AUGUUCCAGAACAACCAUGUGCCGAGAAAACGAUCAGCUUCUGAUGAACUGAUAACCGCAUCCGGAAGUGGAUCAGAGAGGUCUACACCCUCGGCAGAUCUAAGCGCAACGAAGGAUGGAACGGUAAGGAAGAGGACUCGAGUGGAAACCGAAUCGAACGAAGAGACCUGCAAACCAAACGAAAAAGCAAGUUUUGGAAAGCCGUUCAGAAAUCCGAUGAUGAUUGGAAGCAGGAACCGAACUCGUACUCAACAACAGAAUCAAGUUCUAAUAAUCAAACAACUGGAGAGCGAGCUGGUGAGAUUGCAUGAUGGUCAACGGAUCUUGAGGGAUUCGGCAGAAUAUCUAUGGGACCUAGUCGGAAAGAACCAGUCGAGUGAACCGAAAUUUAAUCAAAUCGACUCGAGGACGAGCUGGGGCUACGACAACAAGUAUGAUGCAGGGAGGACGAAUCCCAAAUCUGGGUUUGUUGAAAAUCAAGAAGGAGACCGAUUGGAAGGCUCUAAUUGGGAUUCCAAUCUCAAUCCGCCAGAGGAACUACCAACAGCACAAGAAAUCCUGGGCGAAUCGACUGCGACCAGACACUACAACGUAGAUGGACUCGCCGAUCCUUCGAAAUCUCCCAACCCUCUUCAACCACCUUCGAAGUUUGAGAUAGAUGAUCCAGUAGUCACGGCUUCCAAGCCCAACAAGGAUGUGGGCUGGAUGAUGGAACAGAUGGGUCUCGAUGCCUCAUUAUUUGGGUGGAAUUCGGACGAAGGAACUUGGACUUUGUCAUGAAGCACCUCCUAUAAUACAUAACCCAAAAAAAGACCUUGAUCAAAAAACUU